AUGUUGCUUGUUUCAGUCUGUAACUCUGUCAUUAUUGGUCAAAAUUUGCUAAAUUUGGUUCCCUUAGAAAGCUCUAUCCUCUCUGAUUUUGCUUAUUACCAUAUUAAUAGUUUAAAAGGAAAAGAAAGCAUCCCCUUAAGGGCCUCUGAGGGACUAUGUCUCCUCAAUUUUGAGCAUAACAAUACUAUAUCUGAAACAUCAGGCAUAUUUAAUGCUAACCUGCGUGGCAGGCGUUAA